GCUUUCUGAGUGAUCAAAACUCCGUCGUUUAAGAAUGAUUACUGGCAACAACUUCCUCAGCGUACUCUCUCGUCUCUUCUCAUUCCAUCUCGCGGCCCUCUCUAUCGAUCAGCAAUGGCUUCACGAUUGUUGACGGCGGCUCGCCAAGCUGCAGCCCUAUCUCGGAUCCCGUCUCCGAAUCCAGUGUCUCAACCCUCCAUCCUGCUUCAACGCCGUGGCCUCGCAGGCGCUGCUGAUCAUCAUGGACCUCCGAAGGUUAGUUGUUGGCAAGAUCCAAUGAGCCCAUCUAAAUGGAAAGAAGAACAUUUUGUAAUUGUCUCUUUAUCUGGUUGGGGUUUGCUUUUCUUUGGGGGGUACAAGUUCUUUACCCGAGGCAAAAAAGACAAGGAACAGGUACUUCUGCAUACCCUAAAAAAUGAUCAUUAGUACUCUUAAUCUUAAAUGACGUUAAUGACAAUGUCUAACGUAAUUAUAAAUCAGAAAUUUCUCAUGUUUUUUUAAGUAUCUUUAUCAGUGUAACUUUUUUAUGUGAAGAUCACCUUUUUAAAUAGGAUUUUAGACUGAUAUAUGCAUUUGGGAAAAUCUAAUAUCAUUAGUUAGUAGUUUCUUGUCACCACUUUGUUUUUGAAGGAAACCACAUGGAAGAGAAUUUGGAGCCUCCUUUAUUCAUUUGUUUGUUUGUUUGUUUUCUUGAUAUCAUGCUCAAUAGUUUUUUAUUUUAAUUUUUUUUUCAUGAUUAUAUAGCUUUAAAAGAUUAAGGCUUAUCUUGGCCCCCUUACAACUGAUGAUAAGGAGCUGAUGCAAAGGAGUGGAUUCAAAAAUUGUUUCAUUUCCCGCAAAAAGGAGCUAUCAAAGAGAAGAAUCUUUGAGUUUUUGGCAAACAAAGCAGUAAACAUGCUGAAAUGUCCUAUAUGACUAGAAUAAACAAUUUUGUUUAUAAAUGAAUAUUUGGAUAGAUAACUUUGUUGUAAUUGUGAAAAGCUGGAAUCAUAGGAUAUAAAUUUUCUUUUAAACCAUUAAAUUCGUGAAUUUUGAAAGCUCUUAUGUAAAAUUUGGUUUUUAAAAAGCAUUAAAAAUCCUAUGGUUUCUGAAUACCUCAAACCUGCUUCAACUCUUAAAUAUAAAGGAGAUGCUUUCUUCAAUAAAAUCUGUUAAUUUGAAUUUGCAGCCAACGCCUAAUUGUUCACCAUAUGAGAGGUUUAGAGCACUGAGAGUGCCAUUCCCUUUUAAGCUUUAACUGAAUCUUUCUUGAGUACUUGCAGAAUUUGGUGGAAGCAUCACACUAGGGGGUUCGGUGUAAUCAUCGAGGAAGCUUCAUUGUAAUAAGGUUUUCAUUUGGACUUCACCUCUCCUGAGAUCAUACUAUGAUGGGAUGCAGUUCAUUUCUGGAAAUUUUUUUAUAUUUGAAUUUAAUUGGAGAAUGGUUGUGGUGAGUUUGCUCUGUUGUGAGACAAGUAAUCCCCUUUCAUUUGCUUGCACUAAUCUUUUCUCAUUAGUAAUGUGCUUAUUUCA